ACUACUCUCGCAAACUGUUGCGAAAAAUGGUAAAAGGUGGAAAGCGAUAUUCUUCAAUGAGCAAUGAUGGCAAAUGGUUUGCUCAUCCAGUUUCACCUGAAAACGAGAUGAGGAGUCGUGAGGCCUGUACAAGCACUGGGACCAUGCUGACUCAGGUUAACUCAUCGUUGCCUCAGGCUUUGAACUUGCAGCGCUAUCCUAAAUUGAAAACUCAGCAGAUAUCCAGAGAGUAUCCACUCUCCUACCAUGACAACAAGCUUGCCUUAAAAGACAACAUCACUGUCUUCAGUCAUGGUGUGGGCCGCAGGAAGUGUCUCGAUCACAGACAGCAGAACAUCUCCCACUUCUGCCUGUGCCACAACGGAGCUCACAGCAGCCCUGAAGAGACCGGGGGGGACGUCACGGUUCACCAGGCUGACUUUACGGUGAAACAGGCUGCUAAUGUUCCAGCCAGCACCAGGCAGUUCCUCCGGUUCCCCCGCAACCACAAGCUGAAGUCUGAAGAGGCAGCUUUGGCGCAGGCAGGGGAGCAAGUCAUGUGGUUUGGACGACACGACUCCGACCUCUCAGAGCCCCUGUCAGUGCUGGCAGCUACCAACUGCUCAGCACCAGCCAAGCCCUGAGAUACUCCUACAUGUAAGGCACUAGAUGGCAUCACUGAGAGGGCAUAACAUACAGAGAGGGUCAGGUGAGCUUUCUGAAGGGUCCAGCUGUCAAAUAAAUAACAGGACUAGAAACUGCAGGUUGUGUUUUCUCUUGUUUUGAGAGCUAUAUGGCAGACAUGGAUAAAAAGAAACCUUACAGUAAAGGCUUUAUUCCACAACAACCCAGGUUAGACUGGAAAGUAGACUGUUAACAAUCCACUUAAUGAACUAACAGUGUAUCAUUAGUACAUUUUAUCAUAUGAUUGACUACAUUUAAGUGCUGUAUUUGAUUUGUAAUUUGUAAUUACUUUUAUGUGCACAGUCUAUACAUACUUCAAAUAUAUUUUUAAGUGACACUCUAGUGAUUUGGCAUUACAUUUUAUUAGGUUAGGGGAUUCACAAAAGACAGAUUUAUUUUAUUUAUUUAUUUUUUUAAAAAGUGGUCAAAAACGAAGCUUCAGAGGCUCAGAUAUAUACUGACUUUUCGUCACUAGUUAGGGUCAAGCUCCAAAAACACUGGAUCCUACAUUUCCUGCUAUGCAACUCAUAGUGUCUGUUGUUAGACCUUUUCUGCUGGUCAAUGCCAAGUGGCAACCUCCAGGAUUAAAAAAUGAAGCCAGCGCAGAAGUGCCAAAAACUGCAGUUCCUCUAAUGGCUACUUGAGGCUGGCUCUUGAAGCCAGUAAAUCCCCAUGGAUCGCCAUUUUUAAAAUGCCCAACCUUACAGCAGAAAUAAACAUGUUUAC